AUGCCUAAGAACCCAAAGUUUGAAUAUGAUGCAAAGCAGCCUGCAUUUCUCCAGAAACUCCGGGGCCAGUAUGGAGACAACACCGGUCGCUUGGAGCGGCCUGCCUUGAGACCGACCAGACUUAAGGAAUACAAGGCACUGGUUGGUGAAAACAGCCCGAAAGGAGAGGGCGAGGCUGGAGAUUCAGCGAAGGACAACUCCUCUGGCAAUCAAGACAAAUCCCAAGCAGAACUUUCCACCAGCAAACAGAACAAUCUCACCGAAGUCGGAGGCCAGAGGAAACGAAAACAGGCCAAAGUGGUGGGUGAGGACAAGGCCGAAGUUGAAGAAGUCCCGCCGAAGGCGACUUCGAAGAAAUCCAAGAAGCCCAAGAAGAUCAAGCUCUCGUUCGACGAGGAAUAA